AUGCCCAAAUUCUACGACUCCAUCUCCCCGGAUCUCCGCGACUGGGCCCUCCGUCAAAGCGUCUUCUUCGUGGCCUCCGCACCCCUCCAAGGCCGCCAUGUGAAUCUAUCUCCGAAAGGCCUCCCCGACGCCUCCUUCGCCAUCCUCAACCCCAACGAGGCCGCAUACCUCGAUGCCACCGGCUCCGGAAGCGAGACGAUCUCCCACCUGCACGAAAACGGUCGCAUCACGGUGAUGUUCUGCUCGUUUGAUUCGUCCCCUCGUAUCAUGCGGUUCUUUUGCAAUGGUUCCGUGAUCGAAUGGAACCAGCCCGAAUUCGAACCUUAUCUGGCACGCAUGGGUGGAAAAGCAGUUCCCGGGGCGAGAGCAAUCAUCCGAUUGGAUGUUUUUAAGGUCCAAACAUCAUGCGGCUACGGCGUCCCGCAACUCUCUCUGACCACCGAUCCCGACACGAAUUCACCCAAGCCGUAUCUCAAAGACCGCGAAACACUAGGUCACUGGGCCGGGAAACGGGUCGCGGCAGGCGAGCUCCACUCCUAUCAGCGGGACAACAACAGUCGCAGCCUGGAUGGCCUACCGGGUCUGAAGACUGCGGUGAAAGAUAGCGGUCGGUCGGUGUUGUGGUCUGAGGUGCGAAAUUGGUCGUAUCGGUAUAAGGCGGAGAUUGAAUUGGUCAAGACGUCGGUGUUGAUUCUGUUGGUUGCGAUGGGCGCUGCGAGGUGGCUUGGAAUGAGUGUUUAG